UGCAGCGCGAGCGGCAGCUCCGCGCCCGCCAUUAGCCAGCGGAAACCAAGCCGACAAUACACUCUUAGCGUUUCUUUAUUCUCUCUUUUUAUUUUUAAACUAACACCAGCUUUCAUGAGGGAAGAGGAAUAUCGUCGAGUGAACGGGUGAUAUUGCCAGGUUUUAUCGCAGGGGGUUACUGCAUCGUUUUUUUUCUCAGGUCGAAGGAAAAACAUUCGAGAAGGGAAAUUGGGUGAAAAAACAAAGAUGGAGACGGUUGGUUUCUCCCACAGCUUCAAAGACGACAGAGUGACAACAUGGCGACUCCUCCGACACACAUCAUUCUCAGAGAAGCUCAACCAUGCAUAUCAAGGUUCAAUGUGCUGUGAGAAGAUUGAGAACACGCCCCACACUGAGCGACACUUCAUCUCCCAGAUAAGACGGGUAUGUCCCAUCUCACCAUAUCAUACAGUCAACGGAGGAGUCUAAGCUUGUUCACUAUGACAAUUACUGUAACACUGUGCUUUUCCCGCACUAUAUCAUACACAUGCAAAAGAAAAGAAGAUCAAACUAAGUUUGUUCAUGUUUAUUGAUGUAUGCAUGUCAGGAAUUUUGAACUAGAAUCUAAAAAAACAUGCACCUACAGCCAAUUUAGACAUCUGAUAUCUUUUGCUGUUUGCUGCUUAGCUACAGCAAUAUUUAAGAUUCAGUAUCAUGUCUGAUUUGCACAUGCAUGCACGCAUUUCAUGUGCAUGACUUUUGCAUUAUGACGCUUCAACAAGUGCAUGUUUUCCCUCCAUUACUCUACUUGUUCUUUCACAAACUGCCCACACACAACAUUCUGCACGCCUUUUUUUUUUUUUUUGUAUGGGUGCUGUGCCAACUCCUCCGGCUUUGCAAAUAUGAUAAGAGAAAAGCUGCUAAAACUCUCCCAGCGCUACGCUAAUGAAGGCAGAAUGGAGGAGCCAUUGCAAAAAGAGACGGAGGCGCCUGAAAGCCAAAACCCCAAUGAAGAUGAAGGUGGGAUCCACCGCCGAUUACGGGACAGAGACCUUCUCAGGAAGAGAAAAGCUGAAGCAGAAGAGAAGGAGACUAACCAGUGGGUUUUUGGGGUGGAGAGUAUGAGGAAAAGGUCAAGAGCUGUGGGGAAGAGCAGAACAAGAGGGAGGCCCCGGAAGGCCAAGUUUGUGCCGGAGAGUUCUUUCAGUCAGGAAGAACCAACACCGUUUCAAGAAGCUGUUGUUGUAGAGGUGCUGCCAGAACCUGCAGAGGUCAUCCCAGCUCAAAUGUCAGGAUCUGCUUUUGGGUCUGACACACUCACAUCACAACCAGCGCCUGCCUUGGCUCUUGAUGAACCUGUGCUUCCAUCCGUCCAAAGUCCUGUUCUCACUGCUACUCUAACAUCUCAGGCCCCACCUACCCUGGCUCCAGUGCCAGUUUCAGCCUUAGUUCUCGUUCCGUCUCCCGACAAAGCUGUAGAUACGAUCCCAACUCCAAGCCAAGAGUCAAUAACAGCUCCAGCUCUGGACACUGUUCCAGUCCAAACACUAUCCCAACCUCUUGUUCCAGAAGAACAUCCUGAUCCUUCUUCAGUUCCUUCCAGUGAUGAGACAACUUACAAAGAGUUGCAAAGCAGGAAGCUCCUCGACCAGGUUCUGAUUGAAGAUUUGGGCUCAGAUGAGCAAGAAGAUAUCUGUUCUUCUCAAGAUAAAGGAGCUGAUGAAGAUUUAAGCGAAAAACCACAGAUCGACGUGCCUGAGCAGAAUAAGAUGUUCUCACUUCCAACUUUAUCCUCUCUGGCUCCCCAACAUGAAUAUCUCCCAGGAAAUGGAUUCUAAUUUUUGAAAGUACACUUUUCAGAUCCUGCCUGUAGUUGAAAAGCUGUAUGACGUUCUUUUUGAUAACACUUUAGAACAUGUGUUCUUGUGCAUGCUGUUGAGUUAACAGAACAAACACGCUGGGCAUUGUCAGUACUGUGCAAAAAUCUUAGGCACAAUAAUAUGAAAAACUGCAGUAAUAAUAAUGAUAUGCACAUAAAUGUCAAAUAAGUUACAACACAGGGUGCUAAACAUUAAAAACUAAACAAAAUAAUGUUUACCUUUAAAGUAACAGUGUGUAGGAUUUACUGCCAUCUAGUGGUGAGGUUGCAGAGUGCCUUAUGGCAUCGGCUGCUUGAGUAAGGGAGCAACCACAGAUUCUUAUUUUUUAUUCAGUCUUCCAGCCAUAUUGCAAAAAGCAAAAGACAGCAUAAGAAUGUCCCCUCUGGGCUACCUUAUCAACAUGGUGGAGCAACAUGGCAGCCUAAGUGAGGAGGUCUGUUUCCAUGUAAACAUGAAAGUUCAUUCUAAGCUCAUGAAAACACAUCGAUUCAUUGUUACAGGUAAUUAUUCACAAAUGAUUAGCUGGUUAUGAAUGUUCAUUUCUGCCAAUAAACACCCUUAAAUCCUACACACUGUCACUUUAAAGCUGUAUUCCAAUUGGUGAACUCUGUUACAUUUUACAGAAACAUAGUAAUUAUUUCUUAAGCCCCUUUCACACCGGGCCUGCUUCAUGUUGCGUAUGCUGCGUCUCUAAUGACGCAGGAAUGUCUGCGUCAGUUGCGCGUCGCGCAGUGGGGGAGCUUGAGGAGGUGAGAGCACCAAGGAGCUGCAGCCAGACUGUAAAAUGAGCAGGUCUGCACUCUGAUUUCUAUGCUAGUUUAUAUAUUCUCAUAUUUUUUCCAUGUCCAUCCGUGAGUGGAAAUGGAUAUGUCCUCCGUGAGGAAUUUUAUACUGGAUGUGGACAUGUCCUGUCACUGGCAAUCAGUUUGUGAGCAGGACUUAAUGGACUUUAUUUAACACAAUCGUGAGAGAACUUGAGGAGGGGAGUGAGAGGAGCUGCAGCCAGGCUGGAAUGAGCAUUUUUUUUUCUUUUAAUUGUUCACAUGUGCUCUUUGAGUGGUAUAGUUUUACUGCAUUGUGUACAUGGUAUAAAAAUUUUGACAACAAUCCUGCCUGAUUUAUAGGUCGGCAACAAUGGGGCACAGCAGGAAUCAUAAAUUGGCGUUGGGUAACGUUAUAUUGUGUGGGUGUGGCAUCCAGUCACGUUAAGCACAGUUAAGUUGCCUCAACUUGCGAGAAAACUACUUCCUUCUGCGUCCUGUGCUCAAUGCUGAAAAAAAUUAAACGUUUAAUUUUUUGCGUCCGUUUCGCAUCGCCGUUUGCGUCCCUCAUGGUAUUGUGGCGUUAGGUUGCAUCAACUUGACAACAUCGUGACGCCGCAUGAUGCAACUCGAAGCAGGCCUGGUGUGAAAGGGGCUUUAUCUGUUGAUUGUUAUCCCUGGUUUACUGUCUUAAUGAAAUCAUGCUGGACUUUUUUAAAAAUUGUGUUUAUUCAUCUUUGAAUAACUGAGUUUUACUCGUACAGAUAUGGAUAACGCAAAUAACAUUUUGUAGUUUAACAAAUUGGACAAGACGGAGGAAUAGGAAGGACAAAGGUCAAUACACAGAAGAAGGGAGGGUCACCAUUUAGAAUUCAGUAUGUGAUGAUUGAUUGAUUUAUUCAUUCAUUCAUUUUCUAUUCCACACAGUCCAAUCAAGGGUCUGCGGGGCUGGCCAUGAAGGAGUGUCAUUUUCUCAAAUUUAUCAAGAGAUGCUUGACUAAAUUUGAUGUCUAUUUGUUUGUUUGUAUGGGUUUUUUUUUUUUGUAGUGAAAUAUUAAGAAAAACUGCUGAAAACCAGAUUGAUACAAAAACACAAACGUGCCUAAAACUUUUGCACUGUUCUACACAUUAAAAAUGAUCAAUUCUUAAUAAAACUGGAAAUGUAUUUUUUUAUUUUAACAAAGUACAUGGCUUAAUUUUAUUUUUUUUUAUUUUUUUUUAUUUUGCUUUGAGUGUACAACGCUUUUGGCUGCUUCUAUUUAAAAGAGAAUGAUAUAAUACACUUUGUAAUUGUGGUUUUAUUUUAUCUAAUUCUAGAAAAGGUAACAAAUAAAGGUUUAUCAU